AUGUCAUCUGGACAAAGUACGAUAAAAGAUCGGCUUGGUAGUGAAGAAUGUAAAGAUCAUGUUAAAAAUUGCUCUCUAACAAUGAAAAUAAGGAGGCGAAAUUACAAUGACAGACUCAGUGAUUUACCUGAUUGUGUUUUAAUUCGCCUAUUGUCGACUUUGAACAUCAAAUACGCUGUUCAGACAUGCAUUCUCUCCAAAAGAUGGAAGAAUCUCUGGAAGCUUCUUCCCGUUCUUUCCAUGAGUUAUUUUUUCUUCGAGACUCUCUGUAGUUUUGAUAAAUUCGUGUCUAGCAUUUUGUCUCUACGCGAUGACAAAACCACACUGCAAGCUCUCCAUUUACACCGUAAGGGUCUUAUGAAUAGUUGCCUGCUCAAAAGGAUUAUAGAAUAUGCAUUUUUACACAAUGUCAAGACAUUGAGGAUGCGGAUGGAAUCCUUUCCACUUUGCUAUUUUUCUUCGCAUACUUUAACGUCUCUUAGUCUUGCGACGAUUGGUAGUAGCACAAUAUUUCCAAAUUCUCUUAAUCUUCCAGCAUUAACCAACUUGUCUUUACGGUAUUUUGUCUUUCGCAGCAGUGGUGACGACGGCUAUGUUGAGCCCUUUUCGGCAUUUAAAAGUUUGAAUACUUUGAUCCUAGAGUAUUGUGAAGUUUGUGAUGAAAAAAACCUCUCCAUAUCAAGUGUCACACUUGUUAAUUUAAUAAUAAAAAUGUCUACUCCGUAUUCUUGCAAAUUUGAGUUAUCUACCACAAAUCUUUGUAGAUUUGAUUUUAGGGGCAAUCCUAUGAAAUAUAUCAGCAAGCGAAAUAACAACCUCUCUUCUAUCAAACAUUUAUAUAUUGAUGUACAUAUCGGGUUAGAUGUAGAAAAUUGUCCUUUGGCAAUACUCAAUUGGCUGACUGAAUUUGCUCUUAUCGAAUCAUUGAUUGUCUCUUCAAAGAUUCUUGAGAUUCUCUCCUUAGUUCCUGAUUUAUGGAAUGUUGAUUUUCCUUACCUACGUAACUUGAAGUCAUUGAAAAUAAUAACAUUCGGACCUGCUUCAUCAAUACCUCAUGGAAUUGACGACUUCUUGCUUCAAAAUGCAAAGUCAGCAAAGAAAUCUAUAGUACAUUUGUUAAGGAACCUGAGUCAGAGUCUGAAACUUUGUCUUUGCCAUGGUUUCAAAGCUGUUUUGGUCUCUUGCCCUUCAUCAACAAAACUUUUAGUGGACAGUGGUUAUCCAAUUCCAAUGAGUCAACGGAAACUUGAUUCCGUUGAAGAGAAUCUUUCUCUAGCUCAUGGUUUGAGUUUGAGUUUGGCUAGAAAGCAUUUGAAAGCAAUUCAAGGAAGCCUUAUUGCCGAGGAUGAAGUAAGACCUAAUGCAGCCAAAGAAUUGCAGAAAAAACUGUGCGAGUUAAAAAAAAGGUGA